AUGCCGGCGGGCGCGGGGAGCGUGCGCGGCCACGUGACGGCCGCUAUAAGAGCGCUCCGGGCGGACGCUCGUCUCCCGCCGCGCCUCCUCGCCGGCCGCGCUCGCUCCCCGCGCCCGGCGUCUCCGAGUCACGAACUUGCGGCUGCGGCGGCCGCCCGCGCCCCCGGCUGCACCAUGACAGAUCAGGCCUUUGUGACACUGACCACAAAUGAUUCCUACGCCAAAGGAGCCCUGGUCCUGGGCUUGUCUCUGAAACAGCACAGGACCACGAGGAAGCUGGUCGUGCUUGUCACCCCACAGGUCUCGGACUCCAUGAGGAAAACUUUAGAGACAGUCUUUGAUGAAGUCAUUGUGGUAGAUGUCCUGGACAGUGGUGAUUCUGCACAUCUAACCUUAAUGAAGAGGCCUGAGUUGGGUGUCACGUUGACUAAACUCCACUGCUGGUCACUUACACAGUAUUCAAAAUGUGUAUUCAUGGAUGCAGAUACUCUGGUCCUAGCCAAUAUUGACGAUCUUUUUGAGAGAGAAGAAUUGUCGGCGGCACCAGACCCAGGGUGGCCUGACUGCUUCAAUUCUGGAGUCUUUGUUUAUCAGCCUUCAGUCGAAACAUACAAUCAGCUGUUGCAUCUUGCUUCCGAGCAGGGUAGCUUUGAUGGCGGGGACCAGGGUUUACUGAACACGUUUUUUAGCAGCUGGGCAACAACAGAUAUCAGAAAACACCUGCCAUUUAUUUAUAACCUAAGCAGCAUUUCUAUAUACUCCUACCUCCCAGCAUUUAAAGCAUUUGGUGCAAAUGCCAAAGUUGUGCAUUUCCUAGGACGAACCAAACCAUGGAAUUAUACUUAUGAUCCUCAAACAAAAAGUAUUCAGAGUGAGUCCCACGAUCCCAAUAUGACUCACCCAGAGUUUCUCAGCCUGUGGUGGAACAUCUUCACUACCAGCGUGUUACCUGUGCUUCAGCAGUUUGGCCUUGUCAAAGACACCCACUCAUAUAUACAUGUGGAAAAUGUCUCAGGAGCUGUAUCACAGCUGUCCCUUGGGGAGAUCCCAGCUCCGGCACAGCCUUUUGUAUCCUCAGAAGAACGGAAGGAGCGGUGGGAACAAGGCCAGGCUGACUACAUGGGAGCAGAUUCCUUUGACAACAUCAAGAGGAAACUUGACACUUACCUCCAGUAGAAACACUGCCAUUUUCCGUGGACACCUCCACUUCAGAGGCACUUGUUUCUGAUACUUGGUACCUAGAGCUGGGUUAAGAAAGGUCUGUUACAGUUGCUAGAGGCUUUCACUAAAAUUCAUCAGAUGUGGGGUUUUUUGCAAGAAAACUGGUGAGAACUGGGCAAAAGUUGUUUAAGUAGCAAUUCUGUUAUGUGAACAACAGUUCUGCUUUUUAACCCUGAGCUUAUAUUUCACAAAUUCUCAAUUAAGCUGAUUGCCAAUGUAUAUGGUAGGGGAAACUCAAUCUGCAGUUGUUAAGAUAGCUGUAUCAACUCUUAAAAUGUGCCAAGCCGGGCUUCAAAUCAGUCUCCUUUCAGAAUGGGACACGCACGGUUCAUGUCUCUUGCUUGCUUGCUGAGCCCCUCACUAGACCUGCAUUCUAGAGUCACCCAGAGGCUGCCAGAGUGAUUGUAAUUCUGCUUUCAGAUAAAGCCAGCCUGUGAUAGCACUGCUGAGUGAUUCAUAAGCAUAUCAACAAAUGGUGUGAACCCAUUUCCUAGUCUUAGUGUCUGAAGACGUUCACCAGUUUUCUGUGUACAGUAAGGCGGCAUGCUAAAAUGCUUUGUUCCGUUCUGUAUAUCUGAAAACAGCAGUGUGAUGGUUCCCUGCAAUGGCACCCUGUAUGAAAAAUAAAGACUUAUUGCCGUA